UGUUCAGGAAUACGAGUGUGAUACCCUUCAGAUGGCGCGAAGGAUUCAAGUGCUUUUACUGUGGCCAGCUUGAGCCCGGCUACGGUGAAUUUAGGAAGCACACGAAAUCGCACGACAUUAAACGGCUAUCCACUAUAAAAGCUAACGUGAAAAUAGAUGUCUCUAAAAUCUGUUGCGAGAUUUGCGACCACACUUCUGAAAGCGUAGAAGAAUUAGGUGCUCAUUUGGUAGAAAGCCAUCAGUUGACGUACAGAAGGGAUGUGGAGAAUUUUCUAGAAAUGUAUAAUUUGGAUAACAUGAGCUGUCCGAAAUGCAAUGAAGCGUGUAAGACUUUCAGAAGCCUGCGGCUGCAUAUUAGCAAUACGCAUGCUCAAGUCACCUAUAAUUGUGAAGUUUGCGCCGAAAAGUUCUACCGGAAUAGAGACUUGGCAUUCCACGUCAAAAAUUCACAUCGCCAAGGCGGCUACUCUUGUAGACUCUGCUCCCAACAAUUCUUAACUAACAGCAAACUUAGUUUCCACACAAAAGAUAGACAUAUAACAUCCUGCCAUAUUUGUUUCGAAAGUUUCCCUACGCCAGAAAUAAAAAGAACCCACAUAAAAGACGAACAUAAAAAUCAGAACUGCCCGACUUGUCACAAAACCUUUCUGUCCAAAUACGGUAUGCAAAAGCAUAUGCAGAGCUGCGUCAAAACUGAAUGUGUCAAAAAAGAACUUACACCUAACGUGUCAAUAAAGAAAGAAAACGAACCGGUGCCGAAGACGUCAUCGAGAAAGAUUAGGGAAAAUAUAGCGUGCGUCUUAAAUAUGUCGACGGCGGUACCUUUUAAGUACUACAUGAACCGUUUCAGAUGUUUUUACUGUCCGAAAGACUUUAUAGACUUUGAAAUCCUUAGGGAACACACAGUAACAGAUCAUCCUGUUUGUGAUACGGACGAAAGAGGCCUGCGAUUGUGCCGAGGCAAAGAAGUCAACGUUAAAUUAGAUAUAACGUCUUUAUCUUGCAAGGCGUGUUCAGAAAAGUUUACCGAACUUGACAAAUUAAUAGACCAUCUCAUAAACAAACACGAUGGCAGUUACGAUAAGACAAUAAAAAACGUUUUGUUUCCUUACAAGCUUAUUAAAGACAACAUGGCUUGCCCGGCGUGUCCAGCCGUGUUUAGAUACUUCGGAAAGCUGUUGACGCAUCUCAACGAAGUCCACACGGACAACAAUAUAAUUUGUAUGUACUGUGGCCAAGCUUUCCGAAGCCAACCGAACUACCGCUCUCACAUAUCCAGAUACCACAAGGAAAACUUCAAAUGCUUCUGCGGCGACCAAUUCGAGAACCUAAUGAAGUUGCGGACGCACAAAAACAAAAUACACAAACAGAAAUCCUUUAAAUGCCAACAGUGUAAUGAGUGUUUUGACACGAUAUACCAGAGGCUUCGACAUUUGGUGUCUGUCCACAAUUCCGGACACAAAUGCACUUAUUGCGAGAAGAUAUUCACUCGGAAUUCGUUUAUGAAUGACCACAUUCGUCGCAGUCAUUUGAAGGAGAAGAAUGUUGAGUGUUCUGUGUGCGGCGAGAGGUUCUUUGGGAAUACUCAUUUGAAGAUGCACAUGGUUAAACAUAUUGGUGAAAGGAACUAUCAUUGUGACGUCUGUGGGAAAGCGUUCCUGUGGAAAAAGAAUCUGAGGGGCCACAUGGCUUCUCAUAAUAAACGGGCUAUCAUGUAAAUUAUAAUUUUUUUUAAUAACUUUGGUUAGC